GCCUACAAGCCACAGGCCUACACAUCCCAUGGGACCCGCCCAGGUGCGACAGGAAACCUCAGAGAAGCGGCUGGGGUCCCUGGGGCCUUCCCAGGCACGGCAGGGGCUCCUGGGAUCCUCCCAAGGUCGGUGGGGUCCCUACGAUCCUCCCAGGGGCGACUGGGGACCCCAGGGACCCUCACAGGGACGGCAGAGAUACCUGGGACCCACCCAGCUGCAGUGAGGUCCCUCUCAGGGGCACCGAGGGCCCCAAGAGCCAUCCCAGACGCGACAGGGUCCCCUGUGGCCCUCCCAGGGGCGACGGGCGCCGCUGUAACCCUCACAGUGGCAUCAGGGGCGGUGGGGGCCCCUGGAAUCCUUCAAUGGGUGGCGUGGGCCCCUGAAACCCACCCAGGGGCGGCGGGGACCUCCCAGAUACAGCGGGAGCCCCUGGGAUCUUCCCAUGUGUGGCACUGGCUUCUGGGACACUCCCAGGUGUGGCGGGAACCUUCCCAGGAACGACAGGGGCCCAAUGGCAGAGGGGACCCCAUGGAACCUCCCAGGGGCGACUGGGGCCUGUGCGACCCUCUCAAGGAUGGUGCAGGUCCUCGGGACACUCCAGGGGCCGGACCCUCCCAGCUGUGGCAGGGACACUCCCAGGUGUGGCAAGGAGCCCCAGGGACACACCUACAAGCAGCAGGGGUCCCUGGGAUGCUUAUAGACGCGACGGGGGUUCCUGAGACCUUCCCAGGUGCGGCGGGGGCUCCUGGGACUAUCCCCGGGUAG